AUGGUAUCAUCAGCGUCGACGACAGGCGGAUCUCAGCUGCCCGAGGACGUGGUUUACAACAUUGCCUCGUUCGUGGCGGAUCUAGGCGACCUGUGCUCAUCAGCCCUGGUGAGCCGAUCCUGGCGUGCCGCCGCCUCACCGCACUUCAAGAGGCUCUACCUCGCUACUAAACGCGACCCGAGGGAGGCUUGGAAUGACCUGGAGAAUGCAAGCCGCGUCCUGGGUUCUGAACUGGCGGCAUGGCGCGCAAUGGCGGCUCGCGAGUUACGGCUGGUAAAAGCCUGGAACGACGGAAACACAUACAUCCGCUGGGUUCCACACGUUUUUGACAAAGAGCAUGCCGAGAUCUGCGCCGUGUUGCCGGACACUGGGGAGGUGUUCUGCUCAGUCGAGGAUGUCGCGGACGGCGAGGUCCGGUUCAACUCGUUCAUCUUCGACAAGCGCCUCCAGCCACUGCCGCGCACCAAGAGUGGGGGAUACACGCACAGCAAGUUUCCCCGUGCAGACCUCUCCUUUGCCAGCGUCGACGGCCUUGAGCCUGUCCUCCUGGCAUCUGCAGGUCUCCGGUGCGAUGGCGAGGCGAGCACAGUCGAGAUAUGGUUGACCCCGACCGACCACGCCCGCUUCACCGCGCUCGAGAGCGCCUCAAAGUCCGAGUUGGGUGACGCGAGCGAGAUGGACGGCUUCUUGUUUCUCGCGUCAUUCAAGGCCGUCCUUGAAUACUUCGAAGAGAACGUCCCUGCCAUGGAAUAUCUCGUGGCCUUGCACGUCGACUAUGACGCCAAUGGCCCAACGGCGUUGGUUGCGGCGACCACAUACGAGGGUGUGGCUGCGCUUCACACAAUUGCGAAGACAUCGCGCCUGCUGGACGCCGAGACCGACAAUGGUGACCCUGGGGCGACCACUUUUGACCACGACCUCCGGCUCGACGGGUGGGGACAGUUAUGGGAGUUGGCGCAUAUGCGUCUGGACAACGAUUACCUCGUUGUGAUAGACCAAGUCGAGCUGCGCGUGUGGUCCAGGAGGACGGGGGAGCACGUUAUGACUCUCGAACGGGGGUUUCCAGAAGGAGGGCCACUGGUCAAUAUUUGCCACAGCGCGCUGGGCAAGUUGGACGCCGGCUCGGACUACGUUCGCGAACGGGAGAGGGAGUUUGUCCCCGGCAAUUCGACACGUACCCUGCACGUUCGGGUACCGGCCGUCGUCGCAAGCAGCCCGGGCUACAGGGCAGAGGCUGAGAUACUCGACACGAACACUGGGUUCAGUCCUGAGAGCCUGAUUCUUACACAAGGGAACUUGAUAUUUUCGGACGCGUUAAACAUCUACGUGUUGAAGGACUACGCUGCAGUGUGUGAGGAGGCAGCCAAAGUCCCAGAUGGCGUCGACUCUACACCCACUGUUAUAGCCCCUCGUCUUGUUACCAUCCUCACUCGGAACCCUAAUCUCAUCGAGGAAUACGUCUCUGCUCUGUCACCUGAGGGGUAUGAUUUUGUCAUUCGGGCUCGAGGGAACCACCUAUUCUACUUGUCGCACGACGUCACGUACCUCCUCGACCUAAGCAGGGUGCCGACGCUCCCGACGGACACGGCGUUUGGUAUCGAUCUGCACAUGUUCUGGGGACCGACGCGGGACCUGGCUUACAUGGUUUCCGGCUUUGAUACGGAGCGAGCGCUGAACAGGCGCCGCUACUUCAUGUCGCGUAGCGGGCUGUACGAAGUCGUGCCCCUCACACCUGACCAAGGCCAGGAUGAGCACGGAGCGGGGUACCACCAGGCAACGCGAGGCUUCCCAAAGGCCAUUUGCUGGCAGAAAGAGUGGGAUGGCAGGCAGAAUGUCGGCUCUGCCAUUCGUGUGUUCUCGUUCGAGGAUCACGACAAGUUCAAGGGCGAGCCGCCGGCGUCUAUUCUUGUUGGAGAGGCAACGAGCACCGAGUAA